AUGGCUUGGUGUGACCAUGGGAUUCAAAUGUUACUGACCACGCUGGGAGCUUUCGCAGCAUUUAGUUUGAUGACAGUUGCGAUUGGAACGGACUACUGGUUGUACUCCCGGGCAUACAUAUGUAACGCUACAAAUAUAACCACCGACGAAAGUCUAAUGCAACCCAAGAAAACUAAAGGAGAUCUCACUCACUCUGGAUUGUGGAGAAUCUGUUGUAUUGAAGGUAUCAACAGAGGCAGCUGUUAUCGGAUCAAUCAUUUCCCUCAAGACAAUGACUAUGACACAGACAGCUCAGAGUAUAUCCUGCGUAUAGUACGUGCGUCCAGUCUCUUUCCCAUCCUUAGCACCAUUCUGCUGUUACUAGGAGGUCUCUGUGUGGGCGUGGGCCGCAUCUACAGCAGAAAGAACAACAUUCUCCUCAGUGCAGGCAUUCUGUUUGUGGCAGCAGGUCUUAGCAACAUCAUAGGCAUCAUAGUUUAUAUCUCAAGCAACGCUGGUGACCCCAGUGACAAAAAGGACGAGGACAAGAAGAAUCAGUACAGCUACGGCUGGUCCUUCUACUCGGGCGCCCUCUCCUUCAUUGUGGCCGAAGCUAUCGGCGUGUUAGCCGUCAACAUCUACAUCGAGAAGAACAAGGAGGUCCACUUCAAAGCCAGGCGGGAAUUCAUUAAGACGGCUCCGUCUUCCUCUUCCUCGCCGUACACGCGAAUCCCCAGCUAUCGGUAUCGUCGAAGACGCUCCCGUUCCAGUUCCCGAUCCACCGAGCCCUCCCGCGACGCCUCCCCCGUCGGCCUCAAGAUGGCGGCCGCUUCGCUGCCGUUGGGAGACAUAUCCAUGUACACGCUUGGCAGGGAUCAUCCGUUAAAGCCGGGCACGCUGGGUCCCUACAGCUCCGAACGGGAUUCUCCGACCUUCCUCCAGGUCCACAACUGCUUCCCCAAGGACCUGAAGGAUAACAUUAACCGCAGGACCACACCGGUGUGA